AUGCUGGCAGCGGCGGAGCAGGGGCAUGAUGCGCGCACGUUGUCGCCGAGCCACCCUGCGAAUCUGCGGAAACAGGUGCGUCUGCACCUGGACCCGAGUUUUUCGGUAAAAAGUUAUAUCGGAGCCGCUGCGACACUGCUGGAAAAGGCGCAGAUGGCAGAUGCACAGGGCAACUUGGAGGCGGCGUUUGUGCACUACUUGACGACUGCGAGCGUGGCAUCUUUUGUGCCGAAGCACGCUGAGUGGCCGGAACUGAAAAAAUCGCGUGAUGCUACAUUUCUUGCGUAUCAGGAGCUGAUGAAUAGGACGCCCGAGAUCGUGCAGCGCUCGCAGGCGAUCGAGGCGGAACUUGCCGCGCGGGAGGAGCACGACGAGGUCGACGAGCUGAGUGCUCGGCUCACUGCGCUUGGGGAAGGGAGCGACGCAAAAGGAACCGAGGUUGGAGACGAGGUACGCUCCUCGCGGUCCGGAAGCGAGACACCAAAAGACGCUUCUCGCCGCGAUGCAGUGCAGGAUGUUGCGGUGCCGGCCGUGCCGUCGCCACGCAAGCGACCGCCGCCACGGCCACCGGGCGAAGCGGACGCGCCUACCCCGUCUAUGCCGGUCCCGGACGGCCCCGUGCUCCCUGUAGACGCACUGUGGGCUUACAUGUACCCUGGCUUUGACCGUACUACUGACAAGGCGGGCGGCGAGGUGCUCGUAAAACGGCCUGGCCUCCAUGCGCUGCUUGUGGACGUCCGUCCGCGGCACGUGUACGAUGCGGGCCAUUUGCGUGGCGCCGACUCCGUCUGCAUCGACCCUGCGCUUUUGAGAAACGCGCCCGUCUCUCCCUUCGAACUGGAAGAGGCGCUGGACCGCAGCGCUCCUAGUGAAGCGGCGCGGUUCAAGCAGCGCGCUGCGUACGACUUGCUCGUCCUCUACGACGAGCGCACGCGCGCGUUUGGCAACGCCGGCGCAUUCACGCCGGAGCAAACGGUGCUCGAUACCCUCGUGCGCGCACUUCGUCCCGAUCUCUUGCAUGCACCAGUGCUGCUGCGCGGUGGCUACGAUUCCUGGUCGCGCGCCGUUGGCGAUGCGGGGAUUGUCGCGACCCCCGGCGCGACGCCCCCCGACUUGCUCGAGACGGUGCGCCAAUCGCGGCACAAUACGUACCAUGUCAAUGUGCCUUCCAAGCCGCAGCGCACCUAUCAGCCGCCACGCCCCACGAGCCGCGAAAUUCCCGCGUCGCUCUUGUCUGGCGGUGGCGCGCCGGAGCAUGCCCAUACAGGGAUCGCGCAAGUGCCGCAGGCUACGCCAGCGCCGUCCUCCUCUGUAUACCGAAUUCCAGCUUCGCUCAGCGCUGCAGGACAGCGGCCUGCAGCGCCGCGCCGCUUUCUGGACGCCCGCCACGAGGUCCGCAUUGGCCUCUCUGGCCUGCGCAACUUUGGGAAUACCUGCUACAUGAACGCUACGCUGCAGUGCCUGAGCGCCACUGUCGUCCUCUCGCGCUACAUGAUUGAAGGGCGGUACAAGAAAGCGAUUAAUUUGCACAAUCCGCUUGGCACGCGCGGCGUGCUUGCCAGUGCGUUUGCCCACCUGCUGCAGACCAUGUGGUCGCAGCAGCACGCGUCAGUAUCGCCACACGUGUUCCGCCAAGCGAUCGGCCGCUUUGCACCGGCGUUUAGCGGGGGAGAGCAGCAGGACAGCCAAGAGUUUCUCACGUUUCUCCUGGAUGGAAUCCACGAGGAUUUGAACCUUGUGCAGCAGCGCCCGACGACCGAGCUGGGCGACGCGCAGCAGGAAGAGCUGAACCGACUUCCUCCGCAGCUCGCGAGUAUCGCAGAGUGGGGCAUGUACCGCCGCAGGAACGACAGCGUGGUGGUCGAUGCAUUUCAGGGCCAGCUGCGGAAUCAGCUGCAGUGUCUGACGUGUGGAUACACGAGCAGGACGUACAAUGCAUUCCUUUCUCUUUCUCUACCCGUCCCGCACGGACGCGGCAUGACGCAGGCGGCACUGCAGCAGUGCCUCGACAUGUUUGUGCGCGAGGAAAUCCUCGACAAAAGCAACGCGUGGCGAUGCCCAAAGUGCAAAAAACCGCGCAGGGCAACCAAGCGGCUCAGCCUCGCGCGCCUGCCACCGAUCCUGGUCGUGCACCUCAAACGGUUCAUGAUCAAGGGGCCUGUCACGAACAAAAUUAGUACCCCCGUCAUGUUCCCGACGACCGGACUUGAUCUGUCCAACUAUAUGCCGCCGCCUUUGCCGCCAGGUACUGCGGUCCAGGGAAUCCCAAGUAGUGAGUCGCAGCGGCCGCCGUACUUGUACGACCUUUACGCUGUGACGCACCAUUUUGGGUGUCUUACGUCGGGACACUACACCGCGACGAUCCGGACGCAGGACGACUGGUUCUACUGCGAUGAUUCGCGCAUUGCACGCAGCGAUCUCGCCCAGUUGCAGGGUGAGUCGCCGUACGUGCUGUUCUUUCGACGCCGUCCUAUAUAG